AGAGGUGGCUGACAAAAGAGUACCGUACCGUAUCCUCUCUUCUAUCGAAGCUGAUGUAAACAUCGCUGCAAUCCACCAUAAUUAAGGUUGUUUGUGCAAGCAUGUCGUCUGUCUUGUAUCUCAAAAGGAAACACAAGAACGAUUUGUUUCCUAACAAACUCCGAUGGAGGAGGCCUCUUCUUCCCAGGUCAAAGCACUUCCCUUGCCACCGCAGCAUCAAGUGUUUGUCAAUUUCAGAGGAGAAGAGCUGCGGAACAGCUUCGUUAGCCAUCUCAGAAGUGCAUUGGUUAGGCAUGGGGUCAACAUCUUCAUAGACACGAAUGAGCAGAAAGGUAAACCUUUACAUGUCUUUUUCGAGAGGAUUGAAGAGUCGAGGAUCGCUUUGGCCAUUUUUUCUCUUAGGUACACCGAGUCGAAAUGGUGCUUGAACGAGCUGGUGAAGAUGAAGGAAUGCAUGGACAAGGGAAAACUCCUCAUCAUUCCCAUCUUCUACAAGGUUAAAGCAUACGAAGUUCGGUAUCAGAAGGGACGGUUCGGUUAUGUAUUCAAAAAUUUGCGCAAUGCUGAUGUUCACCAGAAAAACCAGUGGUCUGAAGCUUUGAGCUCUGUUGCAGACCGGAUCGGCUUCCCCUUCGAUGGAAAGAGCGACGAGAACAACUUCAUCAAUGGUAUUGUUGAAGAGGUUAAAGAAGCGCUGAGCAAAAUUUUGUUGGACAAAACCAAAGAUGCUUUCUUCUAUCAUUCGAAAAACACUUCAAUGUCCUUAGGAAGAGAAAAGCAUGAGAUUUAUGGACUCAAACAACGGUUAGAAGAAUUGAAGGAGAAGCUAGAUCUUGAUUGUGAGGAGACUCGGAUUUUGGGAGUUGUUGGGAUGCCCGGUAUUGGUAAAACUACUCUUGCAAGGGAGAUAUAUGAAUCUUUGCGGUGCAAGUUCUUAAGGCAUGGGUUAAUCCAAGAUAUUCGUAGAACAUCGAAGGAGCUCGGGUUGGAUUGCUUGCCUGCAUUACUCUUGGAAGAGUUACUCGGUGUGAGAAUUCCAGACAUAGAAUCUACUCGAUGUGCAUAUGAAUCUUACAAGAUGGAACUAUAUACGCAUAAAGUUCUUGUUGUUCUCGACGAUGUGAGUGACAAGGAACAGAUAGAUGUUCUUCUGGGGAGAUGCGACUGGAUUAGGCAGGGAAGUAGGAUUGUCAUUGCAACAAGCGACAAAUCACUAAUCCAAGAUGUGGCUGACUAUACUUAUGUUGUCCCACAGUUGAACCACAAAGACGGCUUAGGCCACUUUGGGCGUUAUGCCUUCGAUCAUCAUUCCAACAUACACAACAAUGAAGUCAUCAUGAAGCUAUCAAAAGAGUUUGUGCAUUAUGGUAGAGGUCAUCCACUUGUUCUAAAGUUGUUGGGGGCAGAUCUUAAUGGGAAAGACGAGGACCAUUGGAAAACAAAAUUGGCUACACUUGCAGAAAAUUCCAGCCAGAGUAUUCGAGAUGUGUUACAAGUAAGUUAUGAUGAGCUGAGUCAAGAGCAUAAAGAUAUAUUUCUCGACAUAGCUUGUUUUAGAUCGGAAGAUGAGAGUUACAUUGCUAGUCUACUGGAUUCAUCUGAAGCUGCAAGUGAAAUAAAAGCUCUCAUGAAUAAAUUCAUGAUUAAUGUUUCUGAGGACCGAGUAGAGAUGCAUGAUUUGCUAUAUACUUUCGCCAGGGAACUUUGCCGAAGAGCAUACACUCAAGAUAGAAGGGGGCCACAUAGGUUGUGGCACCACCAAGACAUAACGGAUGUGCUAAAGAACAUAGAGGAAGGCGCAGAAGUCAGAGGGAUUUUCCUAAACAUGAAUGAAAUGAAGAGAGAGAUGAGCUUAGACAGUUGCACUUUCAAACCGAUGCACGGUCUCCGAUACCUCAAGAUCUAUAGCUCACAUUGUCCUCAGCAAUGUAAACCUAACAAUAAGAUAAACCUUCCUGAUGGACUAAACUUCCCACUGAACGAGGUCCGAUAUCUCCACUGGCUACAGUUCCCAUUGAAGGAAAUUCCACCAGAUUUCAACCCUCGAAAUCUUGUCGACCUUAAGCUUCCCCACAGCAAGAUUGAACGAAUCUGGAGUAAUGAUAAGGAUAAGGAUACACCAAAAUUAAAGUGGGUCAAUCUCAAUCAUUCAAGUAACUUGUGGGACUUGUCGGGGUUAUCAAAGGCUCAAAGUCUUGUUUUCCUAAAUCUAAAAGGGUGCACAAGUCUCAAGUCUCUUCCGGAGAUAAAUUUAGUCUCUUUGGAAAUUCUCAUCCUCAGCAACUGCUCAAACCUUAAAGAAUUCCGGGUGAUCUCACAAAAUCUAGAAACUCUAUACUUGGAUGGCACUUCAAUAAAAGAACUUCCUUUGAACUUCAAUAUACUCCAGAGACUUGUUAUAUUGAAUAUGAAAGGAUGCACGAAGCUGAAGGAGUUUCCGGAUUGUCUCGAUGACUUGAAAGCUCUUAAAGAAUUGAUACUCUCAGAUUGUUCGAAGCUCCAAAAAUUUCCUGCAAUCCGCGAAAGCAUUAUGGUUUUAGAGAUAUUACGAUUGGAUGCUACAACCAUAACAGAGAUUCCAAUGAUAUCGUCGUUACAAUGUUUAUGCUUCAGUAAGAAUGAUCAGAUCAGCUCCCUUCCAGAUAACAUCAGCCAACUUUUUCAACUAAAAUGGUUGGACUUGAAGUAUUGUAAGAGACUUACAUCUAUUCCAAAGCUUCCACCAAAUCUUCAACACUUAGAUGCACACGGCUGUUGCUCACUUAAGACAGUCUCGAAUCCACUGGCAUGCCUUACUACAACUCAACAGAUUUAUUCAACAUUCAUUUUCUCUAACUGCAACAAACUCGAAAGGAGUGCAAAAGAAGAAAUAUCUUCCUUUGCUCAAAGGAAAUGUCAGCUACUUUUAGAUGCACAAAAGCGCUGCAAUGGUUCUGAUUCGGAGCCUUUGUUCAGUAUUUGCUUUCCUGGAAGUGAACUACCUUCAUGGUUCUGUCAUGAAGCUGUUGGACCUGUAUUAGAGCUCAGAAUGCCUCCACAUUGGCACGAAAAUAGGCUUGCCAGUGUAGCUUUAUGUGCUGUUGUCUCGUUUCCAAAAUCUGAAGAACAAAUCAACUGUUUUUCGGUGAAAUGCACAUUCAAACUAGAAGUAAAAGAAGGGUCGUGGAUCGAAUUUUCAUUCCCAGUUGGAAGAUGGAGUAAUCAGGACAAUAUAGUUGAGACUAUUGCAUCAGAGCAUGCCUUUAUUGGGUAUAUCAGUUGUUCAAAGAUCUUUAAACGUCUUGAAAACCAGCAUUUUAGCAGCUCUAAUCCUACAAAAUCCACGCAAUCUAGUAAAUGUAGUCCUACUAAGGCCUCCCUUAAUUUUAUGGUCAUAGAUGGUAAGAGUGAGAUACCGAGAAUCGAAGUGCUCAAGUGCGGCUUAAGGUUUUUUGAAGGUGCUGGGAGCAGUGGAAAUUAUUUAAAGAAGUUGGAAGUGAAAGAAGCUGAACAAAAUCUAAGUGCUGUAAAAGUGUCAGAAGAUUGGACGUAUGGAUCAAGUAGUAGAUGCACCCAUGUUGUCAAAACAUGUCCAGAACAGAGCCAAGAGACAGUUACCACAGAGGUUGAAGCUUCACCUGAAAAAGCUGACAAUGCAGAAUUUCAAAUCAAUAUCAUCACCCCACGUGAAGCUCAACCACAACCACGCCCAUGUGCGAAAACUUCGAAAUGGGUAUGUUUUACUUGUUGUGACUUCCAAAAACAUCUAUGAACAAUGGAAGAAUAAGAUUAUCAACUCUAGAUGAGUAGCCAAGAACCACCAGUGCACAUAAAAGAAGAAACCAAAGAAUGAAGAUUUCCAAGACGUGGGACUUGGUAGAAAAACUCUUCUGUUGGAUUUAUCUCUAUCACUCUUUUCUUUAUUGAUUGUUUGCUUGUACCCACCUAAAUGGUAAUUUAAGUUCUUUGGGUAUUAAGUUUUUGUGUGAAUCAUUGAUUUGAAUGCUUGGGUUUUCGUUACAUUGAGCUUAAUAUAUACUUUUACAGUUGUACUCAUAUAGUA